AUGCUGAGCCGUGCCGUCUUGCCUCUGACGAGGCCCAACGUCCUCGCCUCUGCCGUCCGCGUGUCGGCCCUGUCGGUCCAGCAUCCCCGGUUCUACGCCAAGGGCAAGGGUAACACCCCCUACAAGCUGCCCAGCCAAGUCGGUGGCCCGAAGGCCAGCCAGACGGAAAACCAGACGGCAAAUCCUGCUUCGACACCAGGCAAGGAAUAUGCCGCUGAACAGGCCGAGUUCGACACCCAGGCCGAGCCGGAAAGGGACCCCGAAUUGCACCAGCAGCAACAAGCACCCCAGAAGCCGCUCCCCGAUCUCACACAGGGUAUCCCCUCGACACUUGCUGCGGAACUGGAAGGCCGAACGAAGAGAGGCGGAGCUACUCAGCUGAACCUGACCGAGGACCCCUCCCAGACUGAAGACUAUGCCGAGGAUGGUCGAGGCGGCGGGGACAUCCCCAAGGGAGGCUACGAGACCUCAGGCGACCGCCGCAAGGCCCGCAUGGCGAACAUCGUGUACGCAGUGAUGUUGCUGGGUGCUGUCUCGGGUGUGGGCUACUUGGGCCGGAACUGGGACACUGAGGAAGAAGAGCGAUUGCACCCGGAACAACCCUCAGGCUGGGGGUUCGGCCUGUGGUAUGCUCGUAUCCGUGCCCGCUUCGGUGAUAUUACCAGCUACUACAAAGACCCCGCGUUCCCGAAGCUGCUGCCCGACGAGGAUCCCAAUAUGCGUCAGCCCUACACCCUCGUGCUCAGUCUGGAGGAUCUCCUUGUUCACAGCGAGUGGAGCCGUGAGCAUGGAUGGCGUGUUGCGAAGCGACCUGGUGUCGACUAUUUCCUGCGUUAUCUGAACCAGUACUAUGAGUUGGUACUUUUCACCAGUGUGCCCAGUAUGAUGGCGGACCAGGUUCUGCGGAAAUUGGACCCCUACCGCAUCAUCCGCUGGCCUUUGUUCCGUGAAGCUACUCGGUACAAGGAUGGCGAGUACAUCAAGGAUCUGGCAUACCUGAACCGAGACCUGUCCAAGGUGAUCCUUAUCGACACCAAGGAAGAACACGCGCGUCUGCAGCCGGAGAACGCUAUCGUGAUGAACAAGUGGACCGGCGACCCCAAGGACAAGACCCUGGUGGCAUUGAUCCCGUUCCUGGAAUACCUCGCCGGGAUGGGCGUUGAAGACGUGCGUCCGGUGCUGAAGUCCUUUGAAGGCACAGACCUCCCCGUCGAGUUCGCCAAGCGCGAGAAGGCCAUGCGCGAGCGCUUCGAGAAGGAGCUCGCCGAGGAAAAGAAGAAGAAGCCCUCGAUGAGCAUUGGCAGCUUCGCCUCUGCCCUGGGCCUGAAGUCGACCCGCACCCUGGAUGGUGAGGCCUCGCCCUCGGAGGGUCUGGCACAGGGCAAGAUGCUCUGGGACCAGAUCCGCGAGCGUGGCCAGAAGAACUACGAGCUGAUCGAGAAGGAGAUUCGCGAGAACGGCGAGAAAUGGCUUGCUGAGAUGGCUGCUGAGGAGGAGAAGGCUCGUCAGGAGCAGAUGAAGAGCAUGAAGGGCUCCUUCACUGGCAUGUUCGGUGCUGGUGAGAAGAAGGAGUAG